ACAAACUUUCAUAUCUAUAUUUCAUUAGAUCAUGCAAUCAGCUGAUUAGAAUUGGACUUAAACGGAUAUUAUAAAUUUGUCAAAAAUUUUUUUGUAUUUUCAUCGAACAUGACUUUUUUCAAAGAAAAUAGCAAUGUUUUGAUAAUUCUAGGUAAUGAUAUUUCUAAUGACAACAUCGUAGACUUUAUCAGUGCAAUUCAAAAACGUCUCAAUCAUGCGGAACAACUUUCAAUUGUGUCAACAAAAGAAUUGAAAAAAUGUAUCAAUUCUUCUAUUUAUGAUAUAAUUAUUUUUAUUUUUAAAUUAUCAUAUGCAAAUAUUAAAAUAUUUCUAGAAGAAUCUUUACGAUUGUUAAAACCAGAAGGUAUAUUAAUUAUUUAUGAAUCAUGCCAACAACAAGAAAAUGUAUAUUCUAUUUUUGAUGAAAGAGUAUCUAGUUUGAAAUUGAGUGGUUUUAAAGUAAAAGCGCAAGAAUCUUUAGAUACAAAACAGUUAAAAAAUCUUUUACUAAAUGUAUACAAUAAUAUUGAUAAUAUUUUCGAAAUAAUAGCAGAAAAACCUUCAUUUGAGAUUGGUUCUAGUGUAACACUUAAUUUUGGAGAAAAAAAAUCUUCUAAUAUAUGGAAAUUAGAUAGUGCUGUUGAUGAAGAAUUAAUUAAUGAAGAUGAUCUUUUAGAUGAAAGUGAUAUUGUCAAACCAAUAAUUAAUAGUUUACGAGUAUGUAGUACAACAGGUAAACGAAAAGCUUGCAAAGAUUGCACUUGUGGCUUAGCUGAAGAAUUAAGUGGAAAAAGUGCAACAGAAGGAACUGUAAAAUCUUCAUGUGGAAAUUGCUAUCUUGGUGAUGCUUUUCGAUGUGCUAGUUGUCCAUAUCUCGGUAUGCCUGCGUUUAAACCUGGUGAAAAAGUAGUUUUACCUGAAAGUCAAUUAAAAGCAGAUUAAUGAAAUAUUUGGAGAUUUUUUUUCUUUUACUUGAUAUGAAUUUCUAAAUGGAAUUUCUAAACUGAUCUAAAUUGCCUGUUGUGAAUGAUCAUGGUAAUAUCUAUGUAGGAUAUAAAAUAGCACACCUGUUACACACAUCCAGAGCGAUACCACACGGAUUUAAGCUAGUUAAAUUAUGGAGCACCUUUGCUUCUUCCAGUGAUCCAUCUGGUAAUAUAUGCAUCUUCAUAAUCACUUCUUGUAGAAUAUCACUCCAAAAUAGAGUUUGCGUUUCUACAUCAAAGGCAAGUGUCAAGAUGAGACUCUUAUUUCGAUCUGGGAAUA